CCGAGGCCUUCUCUUGCCGAGCGUACAGUCGAGACUCUUUCACAGCUGCCCUCGUCUCCUGCUUUAAGCAAGAAGUCGUCUUCAUUCUUUGACUCAAUACGGCCUACGUCACGCGCCGAAAGUACAACCUCAAGGCCGGGCUCCAGCUACACCUCUGGCGGAUCUGCAGCGCAUCUGUCUCGCCCGGGUUCGAGCGGAGCGGCUGACGACAUGGGAUUUUCGAAUCCCAGAAUGUCAUCGGCAAAUUUAUUCAAUAGACGCCGUUCAGUCAUCAGCGGCACCUCUGAGAGAACGCCGACGGCUGCCGCCAACAGCUCGCAGAGACUUCGCCCAGCCAGUCGUGCUUCCGGGAUCGCCUCAAAGCCGUCCGCCUCCAUGCCGGAUGUUAGAAGUCCCAGUCCAUCUAAGCUGGGCAAGCCUCCAACGAAGCCUGUUUCUAAACAGGCUCCAAAGCCAGCAACCCAACCUGUGAAGAAGAGGACAUCAACGCUCGAAGCGGGUGAUCAUCCGACUGCCUCUUCCUCCUCGUGGGACGGCACUAUUGCGGCACCCGCCCCAGCGGCGAAGGAAUCCGCUGCUGAGCCCGAGCAGCCAACUCAAAAGUCCUCGACGGCGCUUCGAGAUCAGAUCGCCAAGGCAAAGGCAGCUCGGAGGGCGGCAAUGAAGCAGACGCCCAGCGCUUCGUCAACGACCAAUGAUGUGGCAGCGCCGUCGAACAAUGGCUUCGACUAUGAUGCAGCAUUCGAUGACCCCUUCAACCUGAACAAGGGGCAGGAUGCUGGUCAACAAGUCCUGAAGCAACGCAUCGGGGCAUCGAGGACCAGCGGAAAGCUGAAUAUUGCCGCACUAGGACUCAAGGAAAUACCCGGCGAGGUUCUCAAAAUGUACGACCUGGAGACCAUUGGGGCCGGCGGAAGCUGGGCAGAGAGCGUCGAAUUGACCAGGCUGGUUGCCGCGGAUAACGAGAUAGAAACAUUGGACGACGCUGCAUUCCCUGAUCUCGGCCCCGAGGAGCUUGAGAACGACGAAGAGGGCCGCGGCAACAUUUUCGGCGGGCUUGAGACACUCGACAUGCACGGCAACCGGCUGGUAACCAUUCCGAUGGGCUUCCGCCGCUUCACCCAGUUGACCACUCUCAAUCUGUCGUCCAAUCGCCUAGAAAAUGGAUGCCUUGAAAUCAUUUCGCAGAUGACGGCCGUCCGCGAUCUCAAACUGGCCAAGAACCUCCUCUCUGGGCCCCUGUACCCCGGUCUCGCGGACUUGAGCGCUUUGGAGGUGCUUGAUAUCCACGGUAACCAAGUGUCUGCCUUGCCGCCCAACGUCGAAAGACUGUCUCGGCUGCGCGUCCUCAAUCUGAGCGAGAAUAGCUUUGAGUCGCUCCCCUUUGACGGACUCUCGAAGCUGCCGUUGACUGAGCUCGAUGUAAAGAAGAAUAAGCUUUCGGGGACUCUGAUUGAAGAGCCGAUAGGUUCCCUGCCGAUGCUUCAGACACUCGACAUCUCGGUGAACAGGCUGAUGCGCCUUGUACCGGCUGAUGCCUCCAUCAGCCUUCCCGUCGUCCACACCCUCACCCUCUCGAUGAAUCGACUCCAGGAGCUUCCGGAUAUGACGUCGUGGACAAGCCUUAUUACCCUUGCAGCUGAUGCCAACAACAUUUCCAGCAUCCCCUUAAGCUUCACCAGCCUCGAGAAAGUGAGACAGGCCGACUUUUCUAGCAAUGACAUCCGGGUCGUGCCGCCUGAGAUCUCUCGAAUGGACAGCCUCACGAUGCUGCGACUGAGCGGCAACCCGCUCCGUGACAAGAAGUUUGCUUCGGCGUCGACAGACGAGAUCAAGGAAGCGCUGUCGGCGCGGCUGGAGCCUCCUCCACCUUACGAGGAGCCCGAUACGGACAGGUCGGAGGGCGACGAGGACUUUGCCACGCCUCCAACGUCUGCGCCGCACUCGCCCGCCAGAUCCCGUGCUCAAACCGUCCUCAAGGAGACUUGGCAGGUCAAGCCGGGCGGACUCCUGGACCGUUCACGAACCGAAGCGUCUUCCCUAAGCCCCGAAAUGUGUGCCGAGCUGUCGAGGAGCUACCAGAUCAGGCAGGCGCAGCUUCACCAUAACCUCCUGAGCGCGUUCCCCGGGUCGCUGCAGUUCUUCUCGCAGACGCUGACAUCUCUGUCCCUGGGCCACAACAAGCUCUCGGGCGAGGCCUACCUCAGCGAGGAGCUGAGCCUGCCGGCUCUGACGGAACUCAACUUGAGCUCGAAUACCAUCACCAGCCUAGGUCCGUUGACAACAUUCCUUAAAGCACCUGCACUGGAAAAGAUUGACGUCUCGCUCAAUCGCCUCACCGCCCUGCCGCUGGAUCUGAAGCAGAGCUUCCCCAGCCUCAAGGUGCUGCUUGCGUCAAACAACCAACUAACGGAACUUGAUCCAGCUGCCAUCAAGGGCCUCAAAGUUGUUGAUGUGUCGAGCAACAACAUUGCUCACCUGGAUCCCCGGCUGGGCCUGCUAGGCGGCAAGGACGGGCUCGAGCGGCUCGAGGUGGCGGGCAACCGGUUCAAGGUGCCCAAGUGGAACAUCCUGGAGAAGGGCACGGCCGCCACGAUGAGGUGGCUCCGAGGACGCGUUCCGGCUGCCGAGAUGGAAGAAUGGAGAGCCGAGAAUGGAGAGGACGACGACUCCGACUUGGACUAG